AUCAUUACCAGUUGCUAAUCCCUGUCAGUUGAAUCGGAGACACUCAAUCCUCAGAGGGAAGCUUUGCGGCCAUGUAUCUCGUUUCCACGUCUUGUUCCCGCCUCUCAACAAUAUAAAUAGAAGCUGCUACCUUUCUCCCCUUUUAUCGGUUAUCAGGUUACCCCUCCAUAGACUCCUCUCCGAACGAUAAGUUGGUGUGGUUUCCGUUACGAGAACUUCCCCUCAUUGAUCUCCAAUACCCCUCCACAAGGUCCCUCGCGAAAGAAGUACAAGGAGGAAAACAUGGGUAAAAUUAAGAGCAUUGAAUAUUUCCGCGUACUCCCUCGCUGGCUGUUCGUGAAAGUAGCUGAUGAAGAUGGAAAUCAUGGAUGGGGUGAAAGCACCCUGGAGGGACAUUCGGAAGCUGUCGAAGGCGCAUUGAAUGCGCUGUGUAAACGCUUUCAGGGCUAUGAAGCGGAUGAUAUCGAACAAAUCUGGCAAACGGCCUGGCGCCUCGGCUUCUAUAGGGGUGGUGCUGUUUUCAUGUCAGCUAUAUCCGGUAUCGAUAUUGCUCUUUGGGAUCUCAAGGGCCGCCAGCUAGGUGUACCCAUCUAUCAGCUCUUGGGAGGCAAGCUCCGUAACAAGAUCUCUGUCUAUGCUUGGAUUGGAGGCGAUCGUCCAGCAGAUGUUGAAGCAGCUGGCAAAGCGCGGCUAGCUCAAGGGUUCAGAGCCAUAAAAAUGAAUGCAACAGAAGAUGUGAACUGGCUUGAUUCCCCACGAGUUCUGGAGUCCAGCGUCGAACGCCUCAAAGCCGUGAAGGCUCUAGGGCUCGACGCCGCUCUUGACUUCCACGGCCGUCUCCACAAACCCAUGGCCAAACAACUUGCUAAACUAGCGGAGCCCUACCACCCCCUUAUUCAUCGAGGAACCCCUACUUUCGGAGCAUCCGGAGGGCAUAAAACAAUUCUCCGGCCACGUCUCGACACCGAUUGCAUUGGUGUUGAUGUCUUGCAGCCAGAUAUCAGCCAUUGCGGAGGUAUUUCCGAAAUCCGGCGCAUCGCCGCGAUGGCAGAAACGUACGAUGUGGCGAUCGCCCCGCACUGCCCGCUAGGCCCCAUUUCGCUGGCCGCCAGCAUGCAAGUCGACCUCACGAUUCCAAAUUUUGUCAUCCAGGAGAUGAGCCUGGGCAUCCACUAUAACACGGAGGCGGGCUCGUACGACAUUACCAACUAUGUGACGGAUCCUUCAGUUUUUGAUGUCAAGGACGGAUAUGUGGAUGCACUGACAAAACCCGGGUUGGGAAUCGAUAUUGAUGAGGAGGAAGUACGGCGCGUUGCGAUGACUGCGGAGUCAUGGCCUCCGAAGGGGUUUUAUGGAGUUGAUGGAGGUAUUAGGGAGUGGUAA